AUGGAAACCUCGUUCUCCAAAGUGUUCUUUCAUUCUCCAAAUUGGCAUUCGCUCAUUCGUAGUGCUAGAGCCUUUGUUCCUUCAUUUACAAAUGUUGUCUCCCUCGUUCGCUUAGACCCAUUCGCAAAUAUUCCAUCGCACAGCUACGUUCGCGCAUCGCUCCCUUAUUCGCAAAGGCAGAGGGUCACUCCCUUAUUCGUAGAGAGAGAGGGUCACUCCCUCAUUCGUAGAGGCAGAGGAUUGUUCCUUUAUUCGCAUAGAGCCUCCCUUGCACAGCCACCUUCGGUGACUCGUCCUGUGAGCAACCUCAGUUCUUUUCACUGGUUGUCGUGGUUCUCCGUCAAUGUAUCUGCAUUUGGACAUUGUUGUGGUGUAUCGAAGCUUCAAGCAAGCGCCAUUGAGAGAGUAGAUAUUGAUGGUGAUCCUGAAGAAUUAGAAGGAGAAAUACAACAACAAGAAGAUGAAGAAGAAUACGAUGAAGAAGAAAAGGAAGAGAAGGACGAUGAGGAAGACAGUGAUGAUGAUGAUUAUGAUUAUGACAAUAACGAUUCCAAUAAUGAUGACAAUAAUGAUGAUAAGGACGAGGACGAUAAUAUAAUUCGAAAAUGA